GUUUAAUUAUAGUAUUCGCUCUGGGAACGCGUGGUAAACAGCUACUUGCUCCCUACGACUGAAGCAAAUCAUAGAUAUGUUCCCAUGUUCACUUAGUACUUUAACUUCAGUGUUUGCUUGAACACGUUGUAAAAUGUUAUUGAUAUUUUUAAUGUCUAAGCUCAAUUAAUUACAAUGUGAUUUCAACAACCUGGGUACCACUGUGAACGCAUUUUAGAUUUAUGUCAUCAUUGUUCUUUUUACAUACUGACAUAACGUACCUAGUAUACGUAUACUACAAAAAUAAUCAUUAACCACAGAAGUCAUAUUACCUUAUGUACUUCUUUCAAACAGGUCUCGAAAUUGUCCCAACUUGUAAAUCUCCGAGAUAACAUAAUAUCAUUGAAGAUUCGUCCUAUAUCAUGCAUCAUCACGAUGGCAUCAUCUUUGUUACUUGAAGGAUGGACGUUAUCAGACAUGGUGUGGCUGAACUCAAUUCAAAUCUAAAAAUGUCUUGGUUUGACCGCCUCUAAAAAACUUCACGAGUUGUCGAUGUGACGCACCAAUCAUCUUGAGACAGUCUGACCUUCAAGUGCUCGCAACCCACAUCAGUGGACGAUACCCCUGAAGCGUUGCCUCUUCCUUCCUUCCAUCCUCAUUUUUCGCAACUGGGUGUAUUUUAAUAUGCUAAACACAUUCCGGAGUUUAAAACUACCUGUGGUCGUAUUGUUGUGUUUUUAGUGUGUAAUUAAACCCCUAAUGGUUCUCUCUCGUGGUCUACUGAAAAUCCACGGUCGUUUCCUCCAUAUUUAUGGCCGUGACAUUCCAUCUAAUAUCCCACUGCCCCCAUACAUCACUAACAAGGUCGACCUGACGCUAUCUACAAUAGCUGUGCAAAGUGAACGUAAUAUCAGUGAAUGUAAACGAGCAGGUUCAGUAAUCCGCCAGAUAUUUAAUGAUCUUAAAGAAUUUAUCAGACCGGGUUUGUCUACUCAAGAUAUUGAUGAUUUCGUAUUUAAUCAGUGUCUGAGUAAGUCAGUAUACCCAUCGCCGUUAGGAUAUAAAGGUUUCCCAAAGUCGGUCUGCACGUCGAUAAAUGAAGUUGUUUGUCAUGGAAUACCGAAAGCAUCACAAAUACUAAAAUUAGGCGAUAUUAUGUCUGUGGAUAUAUCAGUUUAUAAUGGUUAUGUCCAUGGUGAUGCUUGUCACACAUUUGUAGUCGGUGUGGAUAGUCACUCUGAUUAUUGUGAUCUGGAAGCUGAUGCACGGAUAAAAACAGCUGUCUACUUGUGCACUGUCGCUCAAAAGUGCCGUGAUGCUGGUAUCAGUGUUUGCGGCCCAAAUGCUCUUUAUACAUCUAUUGCGGAAGCAGUCACCAAAUGCGCCGAUGCAUUUCAGUGCCGGGUUGUGGUAGGCGUAUGUGGACAUGGAAUCGGCCCGUUUUUGCAUGGACCACCGAAAGUAGUACAUUCAAUCCAUGAGUUAAAUUCCCAACCUUUGGCACGUAUGCUACCUGGACAUAUGUUCACCGUCGAACCGUGUAUUUCUCUUCCUCUCAAAAAGUUUGGAGUAAAAUUCAAACGAAAUACAAGUUUUGCAGUUCCUGUUAUCUUGGAAGAUGGAUGGACAGUGGUCACUAGUGAUAAAGCUUUGACAGCUCAAUUUGAACAUACCAUUUCAAUUACAAAUGAAGGAUGCAUAAUACUAACGUGAUUUAUCGUGUUUUUUUCUUUAUUUAUGAAUUCAUUCUGUUGUGUUGUUGAAGUUUAUCUGCGACUCAAUUUUUAUAUUUACUGGUGCAUAGCUUAAUUUUACUCAUGUGCAUUUUAGAAGUGAUAAUCGAAAGUAUAGUACUUUUGCAUACAAUACGCUUCAAUGUUAAUUUGUGUUUCUACUGUCCCAAAGGAGAUUUUUCCACGUAGUACUAGUUUGACAUUCUACAGAUUAUCUAGGUAUAGUUCACAUAUAUUUGUAAUCAUUCAAAAAAGGUGUCUCUUUUAUUUGGCCAAAACGAUGAAUUUAAAGUGAUAGUACUGUCUAUAAUUUUAAAAAUAUCAUAUAUAAAGAAUCAUCAUUUUAAUUGUGUGUGGGCUGUGAUACUGCCCGG